AUGGAGAAAUAUACACCCACCGAACUUGAACACGAACAUGAACAUCAAGAAAACAAGAGUCUAGAGAUCCAACCAAAGGCGUCACCGUCAUCGAGCCUCGACCGUGAUCAAGAUGCCGAGCUCGAACUCCAAAAGAGGAAUCGAAAACUCAACCGUCGACUCGACAUCCGCAUCCUCCCGUUGUGCUGUUGGGUCUACCUCCUCAACUUCCUCGACCGAGGCAACAUCGGCAACUCCAAAGUCCUCAACAGCGAGACGGGAGACGACCUCCUCCAACAGACCGCCAUGAGCGCAAGUGACUACGCCAUCACCGUGACUCUGUUCUCCCUGGCCUAUACCGUCUUCGAGGUACCCUCGAACUGGGUCAUGAAACAUUACGUCCGACCUUCGUUGUGGCUGGGCAUCUUGUUGUUGGCUUGGGGGGCCUUGACCAUCGGGUUCGCCGGGGUACACAAUUAUGCCACCGUCGUCGUGCUGAGAUUUUUGAUCGGCAUGUUCGAAGCGGGAUUCUUUCCUGGGAUUGUAUAUUUCAUCACAAUAUGGUAUCAGUACAACGAAAGAGCGGUCCGGAUCGCCCUCGUAGUUGCGUUUUGUAAUCUCGCCGGAGCUUUCGGUGGUGCCAUUGCCUACGGAGUAGGAAAUAUCAAUGGAGCUGCAGGUUUACAAGGAUUCAGAUGGCUCUUCAUCAUUGAAGGAAUCAUCACCAUUAUUAGCGCUUUCUUCCUCUUCUUCUUCCUACCAGAUUAUCCUGCCCGAGCAAGGUGGCUGAGCGAAGAUGACAAACGAUUCGCCGAGGACCGUCUCAUCGAGAGAGGAGGAGGAUACAAUCGUGACCACGCGUCGAGGAGAGAAGUUCUCGAGACUUUUUUCAGUCCGAGGAUGUUGGCUCAUUAUAUUGCAUACAUAGCAGACGUCGUCCCCCAAGGAAGUUUCACAUUCUUCACACCCACCAUCGUCAAAGGGUUAGGGUACACUUCGAUCCACGCCCAACUCCUCACCGUCCCGCCGUGGUGCGUCGGCUUCGUCGUGGCCAUCACGCUCUCGUACAGCGCGGAUCGGUUCAACGCGAGGGGGAUGCACGUCACCGUGGCCUCGCUCGUCGGCGGCGCCGGGUGGCUCGCGGCGGGAUUGUUGCCCCACGAUGCCUACGUCAAACGGUACGGCUGCCUGUGUCUCGCGGCGUGCGGAGCGUUCCCCUCGGCCCCUUCCAUGACCAACUGGGUCACGUGUAACACGCCCAGCCUGCUCACCAUCCCUUUCGCCGUGGCCCUGCACAAUUCGUCCGCGGGCAUCGGGCAGAUCAUCGCCCAGUGGAUCUGGAAGGCGGGCGAGGAGAAGCAAGGCUACCCCACGGGGAACUUUACCUGCGCGGCUUGUAGCUUCUUCGUGGCCGCCGUCAUGACCGGGCUGAGGUGGUGGUACGGGAGGAUGAAUAGGAAGGGGACAUUGGACGCCAGUGGACAGCCUAGAGUUUGGGUUUAUUGA